UGACACGGGGCGGAGCCCGAAGGCGCGAGACGCGGGGGCGGGGCCCCAGGGACGCCCUGGGGAUCCCCGACCGCCCUGCCCUGUGGUCCUUCCGGCUCUCGAACCCCGCGCCCCCGAGGAAGGGCGAUCCGACACUACCCUUCAUCCCGGAGAGCCGGCAGUCGCUGAGCGCCGCAGGGGCCCGUUCGGGCCCAGGCUGUACUUGCCCGAGCGCCUCGUCGCGCUCCCUGCUCCGUCAUGGCGAGAGUCUGGCUCUGCGCGGGGGGCGCGGGCUGCUUGCUCGUUUUUCUGGUUUUGCAUUCGCAUCUUUCUGGCUCUCCGGUUUUAAGGGACUUUGUGUUUCAAAUUUCCUGGAGAACUGAGGACGUUCUUUACAGGCUGGACGUGGGCUGGCCCAAGCACCCCGAGUACUUCACCGGAGCAACGUUCUGUGUUGCGGUGGACUCCCUGAACGGGCUGGUGUACGUGGCCCAAAGAGGGGACGACGUCCAGAAGGUCUUGGUGUUCACGGAGGACGGGUAUUUCCUGCGCGCUUGGAACCACACGGUGGACACGCCCCACGGCAUGUUCGCGGCCAGCACCCCGCAGGAGCCGGCGGUCUGGAUCACGGACGUGGGAAGCGGACCCUUUGGCCACACUGUUAAGAAAUACGACUCCUUCGGGGAUCUCGUUCAAGUCUUGGGGACCCCGGGCCAGAGCGGCGCCGGCCUCAACCCCCUGCAGUUCGACAGCCCCGCGGAGCUGUACGUGGAAGACACGGGGGACAUCUACGUCGUGGAUGGGGACGGAGGGCUGAACAACAGGCUGAUCAAGUUGUCCCAAGAUCUCACGGUGCUUUGGCUGCGCGGAGAGAGGGGGGCGGGGCCCGCCGAGUUCCACGUGCCCCACAGCGUCACCGUGGACUCCUUUGGCCGGGUGUGGGUUGCCGACCGGGGAAACCAGCGCGUCCAGGCCUUCGAGCGGGACACCGGAGCCUGGCUGGGAGCCUGGGACGACUGCUUCACGGAAGAGGGGCCGUCCUCCAUCAGGUUCACCCCCGACGGGCAGCACGCGGUGGUAGCCCAGCUGAACCUCAGCCGGCUGCUGUUCCUGGCCGCGCCCCCGGUGGGCAGCAUCGGCUCCUGCUCUGUGCUGCGCUCCAUCCAGCUGGCAGACCAGGUCUCGCCCCACCUCCUGGACGUCAGCGGGCGCACCGGAGCCAUCUACGUCGCAGAAAUCGGAGCGAAACAAGUGCAGAAAUACGUCCCUUGGAAAAGCUACUUCCCAUCCUUCCAUUUCUGACGCUGGUUUGCCUGGAGAUCUCUCGAGUGAAAGCUCGGAUUCUCAAACUCACCGUCCAAGUGCCUAAAAAUAACGUUCAAGUGCAAGAACUCACUUCUUUGUUUUUACCUGAUCUGGUAUCAGAAAAGUUGUUUCUAUGUCAUUAAUAGUUGCAUGUUGCGCUGCCAUUUUUGUGACUGAAUUUUACGUGUAAAUGCACAAGGAUAUUUUAAUGAAAGAAAUCUAACUCUAAAAAAACUGGGGCCAAAAGAAGCGGAAAAUAGCGAGGCAGCGACCUAGUUACUUGUCUCGGUAGACUAGUCCUUGGGGAGGGAGAAACGAAUAAAAAUGGUUUGGAGGA